AUGGCCUCAGCAAAGAAUCUUCGUCCUGUGCUACGGGCGGCACAUCAAAUCGGUCGCAAUGUGUCGCGGCGAAGGACCCCGACGCCGGCAACGCCAGGGACUGGCUCUUUCUCUCCAACUUUACCUGCGGCUUUAGCGACUAGAGCGCCUUUACCGGCCUACAAUGUCUGCAGCAAGCGGUAUGCAUCGACAAGCAGCGAUCUGAAGCAGACGCCAUUGUACGAUAUGCAUGCAAAUGCCGGUGCCAAGCUCGUUGGAUUCGCCGGAUACUCUAUGCCACUCACAUAUCCCGAUCAGUCACAAUCGGAAUCCCACAAAUGGACUCGGGAGAAUGCCUCAUUAUUCGAUGUGUCUCACAUGGUGCAGCACAAGCUAUCCGGCCCGUUGGCAUGCCGGUUCCUUGAAACCAUCACACCUUCCGCUAUUAGCUCUCUCGAGAAGCACCAUUCCACCUUAUCCACCCUGCUGGACACCAACGGCGGCAUCGUCGACGACACAGUCAUUACGCGCCUCGGUCGCGAUAGCUUCUACUUCGUCACUAAUGCGGGCUGCCGAGAUACUGACCUCGCAUUCCUCAAUGCAGAGAUGGACAAGUUCCUGCAGCGAGAGAAUGCCAAGUCAGAUCAGAUCAACUGGCACAUACUUGACCACCACUCCCUGCUAGCAUUGCAGGGCCCAAAGGCUGUCGAUGUCCUACAACCACUUGUCUUCCGUGACCCGGACGAUGAUCAACUUGGUAUGAAAUCCUCGUAUCCUGUGAACCCCACACAUAUCGAGCCUGAGCUUCCCGGGCGCUACCUCUACAAUCUUUGGAGUUUUAAUGCUCCUCCCCGAGCCUUUGAUCCUGGUCAGAAGCAAUCUUUGCGUGAUUGGCUACCCAUCUCGUCUUCAACUGUUGCGUCAGAUGCGCCCUUGACGCCACAACUUCUGACAGCUCCUGCAGACACAGACCUAUCCACCCUCUAUUUCGGUCAAUCGCGAUGGCUGCAGCUUUCAAUACCGGAGAAUUGUACUGGUGAAGGCACCCGAUUGUCAACUCCUUCGCUCUUGAUCUCACGAACAGGCUAUACCGGCGAGGACGGCUUCGAGAUCUCCAUUCCACCCGAGAAGGGCUCUUCGGUUGCACUCGCGAGUUCAAUCGCGAAGGCAAUCUUAUGCAGUGAGUAUGCGCGGUGGGCGGGUCUCGCUGCUCGGGACAGUCUGCGGCUGGAAGCUGGCAUGUGUUUGUACGGCCAUGACAUCGAUACAACUGUGACACCACCCAUGGCUGCCCUGGGUUGGGUAGUUGCAAAGUCGAGAAGGAAAAGCCCGAAUCCCGCCUUCAACGGUUCUGAGACCAUUCUCCCGCAACUCGCCAAACCAUCGUCUAUGUCGCGGCGACGCGUAGGCAUCAUUCUCCUCGAGAAAGGUGGCGCCGCCCGAGAAGGCGCCGCGAUCAUUGGUGAGGACGGGACUUCAUCGAUAGGGACGAUCACCUCUGGCCUCCCUUCACCUUCUCUGGGUGGUGAGAACAUCGCGAUGGGCUACGUGAAGAACGGCUACCACAAGAAGGGGACGAAAGUGGGUGUCAAAGUACGCGGCAAAGUAAGAGCUGCUGAGGUCAGGGCAUUGCCAUUUGUCGAGAGUCAUUUCUACCGAGCGAGCUGA